AAGUCAUCCCUCCACCAUCUUUUUGUCCUUUUCUUCACCGCUAUUAACAUCUGAGCUUCCAUUGCUUUUUGAAGUUCGUCGUCUCUGUGUUUGUUGCUGAGAGCGAUAUCAGAGGUAUCUGAGAGAAGAGAAUAAUGGCGGAUUGGGGUCCGGUUUUUGUAGCGGUGAUGUUGUUCGUCCUGUUAACUCCCGGUUUGUUGGUUCAGAUGCCAGGGAAGAGCCGGUUUGUUGAAUUUGGGAAUUUCCAGACGAGUGGAGUCUCCAUUUUGGUUCAUUCAAUUCUCUAUUUUGCAUUGAUCUGUAUCUUCUUGUUGGCUGUUCACGAGCAUAUAUGUAACCUAAAAAACGAAAAUAUGUCGGAUUGGGCACCCGUGGUCAUCGGAGUUGUACUCUUCGUACUGCUUUCUCCCGGGCUUCUGUUUCAGUUUCCCGGGAAUAAUCGUCAGUUUGAGUUCGGGAGCAUGAAGACCAACGGAAAAGCUGUUGCUAUACACACUCUCAUCUUCUUCGUCCUCUAUGCUGUUUUCAUUCUCGCUCUCCAUAUCCACAUCUACACUGGCUGA